AUGUCUGCAACUACAACAAAGAUGCUACGCCUCUCAAUCUUCCAGUCCGACACCUUCCUCCAAGGCAGCGGCGCAGAUUACGUCGACCACAUGUACUUUUCGUGGAAAUCGGAUCCUACAUCCGUACAUACAUCAUGGCAGGCAUACUUUUCCGCGAUAGAGAAUGGAAGAAUACCAAUUGAAAACGCAUUCCAGCCGCCGCCGGGGUUGGUUUCGCUGAAGCCUGUGCAACGGACUGCACAUGGGUCAGGGGGAGGGGUGGAUGAGAUCAAAGUCCAGCAGUUGGUGGGUGCGUAUCAGAGGCGCGGACAUUUGAAGGCGAAGAUUAAUCCGCUUGAUUUGGGUGGUGAGAGCGAGGUGAAAGAGUUGAGGAUUGAAGAGUAUGGCUUUACAAAGGAAGAUUUGGAUAGGGAGUUUGAGGUUGGAGGGGGAGGGGGACUGUUACCUCACUUUCAGGGAGGGAAUAUGAAGUUGCGGGAUAUCAUCGGCGUGUGUGAGAAGGUCUAUUGUGGUUCCCACGGCGCAGAGUAUACGCAUCUCAACAACGCAGACGAAGUGAACUGGAUACGCAGUCGACUCGAAGUCCCCGAUACGAUUGUUCAGUAUUCUCGCGACGAGAAGAAGCGGAUUCUGGAUCGCCUCGUGCGCGCAGCCACAUUUGAAAAGUUCCUGGCGACCAAGUUUCCGACUGCGAAGCGAUUCGGGUUGGAUGGUGUCGAGAGUCAGGUUCCUGGUGUUCAUGCUGUGAUUGAUGCGUCGGUGGAGAAUGGGGUGGAGAGUAUUAUCUUUGCGUGCUGUCAUCGGGGAAGACUCAAUGUGCUCAGCAAUGUACUGGGGAAGCCGAAUGAUGUGCUGCUUAGUGACUUUCACUCUGGUGCCAGUCCGCGACAUGGCAUUCCCGGUGAUGUCAAGUAUCAUCUGGGGAUGUAUAAUGAGGUUAAAACUGCCUCAGGGAAGAAAGUUGAGAUAGGCAUUCCGCCUGUGCCGUCGCAUUUGGAAGCUACCAAUGCCAUUGCCCAAGGCAUGGCGCGAGCUAUACAAGCACAAGGCGGGGAUAAGAACAACACGAUGGUCUUCAACAGCCAUACCGACGCUGCCUUCGCGGGACAAGGCAUCGUGUACGAGACGCUCGGGCUGGCGAAUCUCAAGCACUUUUCCACAGGCGGAACAGUGCAUCUCAUCGUGAACAACCAAGUUGGUUUCACGACGGACUACGACCAAGGACGAGGGACGAUGUACGUGUCCGAUGUGGCCAAGUACAUGGAUGCGCCUAUCUUUCACGUCAACGCAGAUGACGUUGAAGCCGUUGCUGCAGUUUGCAAAUUGGCGGCUGAGUAUCGGGCCAAGUUCCACAAAGACUGUUUUGUCGAUUUGGUGUGUUAUCGCAAGAACGGGCAUAACGAGAUGGAUCAGCCGUUUUUUACGCAGCCGGUGAUGUAUGAGCAGAUUGUCAACAAGGUGCCGCAAUUGGAUUCGUAUGUGCAGAAGCUGUUAUCUGAAGGGAGUGUGGCGAAGGAGGAGGUUGAAAAGAUGCAGAGUGAGGCUUGGGAUGCGAUGAGUGACGGACUGGAGAAGAGCAGAGGAGUACUGGAUGAUAUUACCGGGGAGUAUCACACGUCACCAUGGGAUGAGUUCAAGACACCAGAGGAGGUUGCGAACGAGACAUUCCCGGCUAAACCAACUGCCAUUGAAGGGCAGACCAUCAUGAAAGUUGCAUCCAAACUCGGCGUCCCAGCAGAACCAUUCACCGUCCACAAAAGCCUCCAGCGCAUCCUCCAAAAACGCCAACAAAGCCUCCUCGACGGACAGGACAUCGACUGGGGAACCAGCGAAGCACUCGCAUUUGGUUCUCUCUGUCUCGAAGGCUAUCACGUCCGCAUCUCAGGACAAGAUGUAGAAAGAGGCACAUUCUCACAACGCCACUCUGUCCUGCACGACCAGAAAACCGGCGAAACAUACACUCCUCUCGACAAUCUCUCCCCCGACCAAGCCAGAUUCGAAAUCGGCAAUUCCUCGCUAUCCGAAUACGGCGUCAUGGGCUUCGAGUACGGCUAUUCAUGCCGGUUCCCUAACGCCCUGGUCAUCUGGGAAGCGCAGUUCGGCGACUUUGCCAAUACUGCGCAGUGCAUUAUCGACCAGUAUAUCUCGUCGGGGGAGAAGAAGUGGAUGCAGAGAUCGGGACUGGUGCUGUCUCUUCCUCACGGACUUGAUGGACAGGGACCAGAGCAUUCGUCUGCACGGAUAGAGAGAUUCCUGCAGUUGUGCGAUGAAGAUCCGCGGGUCUUCCCAUCGGCAGAGAAACUGGAACGACAGCAUCAGGAUGCGAAUAUGGGGGUCGUGUAUAUGACGACGCCGGCGAAUUACUUUCACGUUUUGCGGAGGCAGAUGCAUCGUGAUUAUCGGAAGCCCCUUAUUGUAUGCUUCUCUAAAUCCCUCCUCCGCCAUCCAAUGGUGCGCUCCAACUUGGCCGACUUUACAGGCGACUCGCAUUUCCAGCCUAUCCUGCCAGAUCCAGAACAUAACAAGAGCAUAUCUGCGCCAACUGAGAUUAAAAAAGUCAUCUACUGCAGUGGACAGGUCUACAUCGCGCUAUCUAAAUACCGACAACAGCACAACAUAACCGACACAGCCAUAAUCCGCCUCGAACAGCUCCACCCCUUUCCCUGGCAGGAAGCAAAGGAUAAUCUAGCGCAAUAUCCCAAUGCGAAAGAGAUAGUCUGGUGUCAGGAAGAACCGCUCAAUUGCGGGGCCUGGAGUUAUAUGGCACCUCGCUUUGAGACGAUUUUCGAUACGAUUGAGGAGCACAAAGGACGGAGAAUGAGCUUUGUAGGGAGGAAGCCGAUUGCGAGUGUGGCUGCUGGAUACGUGAGUGUGCAUCAAGCCGAGGAGGAGGAAUUUAUCAGAGAUGCUUUUCGAGAUAACUAA